UCAAUUUUAGAAACAAAAGAACAAACCUUCAUCCAUGUAGCGUAUAUGACUUUUUGGGAGAUUUCUUACUAGUGAAAGCGUUUUUUAUAUAAUCCAAAUUCUUUGUGAUGUCGCAACAUUUUUACAAAAUCUUGUGCGUGCUCUAACGAAUUGUAUUGUAAUAUUGGUUCACUCUCUUUCAUGAGAGUUGAGUGUGAAACUAUAAUCAGGCGAAGAGUAAACAUUUUGACAGAAGGGCGGCCGCAACCUUGGACAUACUGUGAAUUGUGAGAUGUCCAAUGUAUCCUAAACGGGUUAGGAUAAAGUCGAUAGAGCUCAAUGGCUGAGCGCCUCAGCCCUCGAAGCUCCGAGGUGAACGCCUUAGAACAACGGGGCUAUCUUAUCGGCAAGAAAAUCGGACAAGGAUCGUAUGCCACUGUUCAUCUGGCGGAGUACUGCGAUGCAUCUACCCCCAAGCGAAUGCACCUUGCUUGCAAGAUAUUUGACAAAGAGAAAGCACCACGUGAUUUUUUAGAGAAGUUUUUUCCACGAGAACUCGAUAUUUUAACCAAGAUCGAGAAUCCCCACAUUAUCCAAGUGCACAGUAUUCUUCAAAGGGGGCCGAGAGUUUUUAUUUUCAUGCGAUAUGCAGAUAACGGUGAUUUGUUGGAUUUCAUAAAACAUAACGGCGUUGUGCCGGAAAAUCAAGCAAAACUGUGGUUUAGACAGAUGGCUAGCGGUUUACAGUAUCUUCAUAGUAAAAAUAUAGCUCAUCGCGAUCUAAAGUGCGAAAACAUCCUACUUUCGAAACGCUUUAAUGUCAAACUGGCGGACUUUGGUUUCGCGAGGUUUUGUACUAACGGAGAAAACCGACGAGUGCUCAGCCAGACCUACUGCGGAUCCGCUGCGUAUGCCGCUCCGGAGGUGGUCAGCGGAACACCUUACAAUCCCAAGCUGGCAGACGUGUGGUCUUUAGGUAUAAUCCUGUUCAUAAUGUUGAAUGCGUCGAUGCCAUUUGAUGACUCCAAUCUGCGUAAGUUGUUGAAGGAUCAAAUGUCUAGGAACUGGGUGUUUCGUUCGAGGAUUCGUGAUUCUGUGUCGGCAGCGGCGAAGUCUAUAGUACGUCAUAUUCUGGAGCCAGAUAUAACAUUGCGCUUGACAUUGGACCGUGUGCUGUCUCACGAGUGGACUCGGCCGCGGAAGGAUAAGAGCGCCAGUCUGAUGGGACGCUUGGUGCAAUCGGCCCCAUCAGCGCCGCACGCGCAGAUCAAACGCGAGCACGACGAGGCUGGAACAUCGGCUGGCGCACGGGUCUCUGGCGACCAUCGCGAGACGGAGCGAGAACGGCACGACGACAUCAACAUGCGCUCGCACGUCUGACAUACACUAAUAACGCUAAUAAUAAGGAUAAUGAACAAAAAAGUGUUAAUUCUCUCUAAACAUUUGGACCCUCAAAAAUCGUAAAUUCACUUUAUUAUUUUGAUUUUUUUUACAAUUGACGACUCAACUAUUGUUAGUCGCCAAUAGUGAAAAUAAAGAUUUGAUAUAUAAACCCAAAACCCAUUAUUUUAUUACCUAUAUUGAAACCAAUAUUUAAUUAAUGG